AAUUGUUUGGAUGUGAAACAAAACAAAACGACAAAUGAACUGCGUAUAGAAAUUUGGAAAACCAGAAAAACAAAACAAAACAAAAACUUUCAAUUUGAAAUUUUGUUUCCAACGAAAAUGGCUCAUUUUUAUUCACAAAAUGAUCUGGAUAUAAGUAGUAUAAAUUCAUUACUAAAAAAUUUCACUAAUGAUGAACUGGAUUCCAUACUAAACGAUCAAUCAAAUGAAAGAAUUGAAGAUUUUAUUCGUGAUUUGCCGCAAAUCAAAACAUUAGAACGUGAACGUGAACGUUUGAUCGAAGAGAAUAAACAAAUUGCCGAAAAUAAUCUUUCAUUCGAAUCAACUUAUCGUAUACAACGACAACAACUGACAAAAGCAUUUGAUGAAUGUCAACAAAUGAAACAAAAUUUGGAUAGGAAAAAAUCCAAAUUAAAAGAAUUUGGUCGACAACAUUCAUUGGAUACAAUAUUAGCAUUAAUGCAAGCAGCAAUGGCUGAAGCUGAAGAAUCAUCCGAUGAAGUUGCAAAUUCUUUGCUACGUAAAGAAUUAACUAUUGAUGAAUUUCUUAAGGAUUUUAAUGAAAAACGUAAAUUAUUUCAUAUGCGUCGUAUAAAAGCGGAAAAAAUGCCCGAAGAAAUACGUAACGUACAAUCAUCGAUGCCUAAGCUACCGGGUGCUGUACCUUGGCGACAGGCACCUGCACCACCAAGUUUACCAUUUUCACAAUUAUCAAUGAAUGAUCAUCAUAAUCCGAAUAAUCCUAAUAAUAAUCCACCUUAUCCAACCAAUCCAUUUGGUUCAUAUUUUCCUUAUCCACAAAAUUAUCAAUGAUGUUGAUGAUCAACACUCGGAUUCGGACAUUGUUUUCCUUUUGUUUAUCAACAAAAAAAAAAUAAAUAAAAAAAACAACCAAAUUG